GCCACCGAAACGGCCAAACGGCUCGACAACGAUCCUCACUUUUGCGAAGGAGGCUUGCUGCGCGGUGUUCCUCUUUCGAUUAAAGAAUGCUUCCACGUAGCGGGGGGAAAGUCGACGCUGGGGAUGACGACUCCCGCGGUCGAACAUCCCAGUGACGGGCCAUUGGUCGCGCGGCUUCGGCAAGCUGGUGGUGUGGUCUUGGGGCUCACGAAUGUGCCGCAAUUAAUGAUCAUUCACGAGACAUGCAAUCCGGUCUUCGGCACAACGCACAAUCCUUGGAACGUCGAUCGCAGUGUCGGCGGAAGCAGCGGCGGCGAAGCAGCCAUUUUAGCGGCCGGCGGAACGGCCCUCGGACUGGGCAGCGACUUAGGAGGAAGCAUUCGCCUGCCGAGUCACUUCUGUGGAAUCGCCGGUUUGAAGCCGACAUCACGGCGACUGGUCCGCAGCGGAGCGGUCGAAAACUUACGUGGUAUGUCGUGGCUCGAAUUCCAGCCAGGCCCCAUGGCACGGCACGUGGCCGAUCUUCGCCUGGCGAUGCAGGUUUUGUCGCGUCGAGACCCCCAAACCAAAUGGGACGAGGCGGAAGAUCCUCCGCUGGGAUUUUCUGACCAUGGUCCGAUCGAUAUCGCUCAGCUGCGCAUCGGCGUUUAUGACGACGACGAGUUCUUCCCCCCCUGCCCCGCCGUGCGAAGAGCGAUUGCCGAGGGCGCCACAGGCCUGAAAGCUCAAGGGGCGACGAUCGUUCCGCUUCCACCUCCCCGCACGCUGGAGGUGCUGAAGUCGUACUUUGCAAUUGCCAGCGCCGACGGUGGAAAAGACUUUCGUCGGAUGCUGAAAGGUAGCAAGCUCGAUCCAGAAGUGGCCCGGCUCGUACGCCUGGCCGCGAUGCCCCGAUGGCUACGGCCGCUGGUGGCGAUGCUCGCGCUGAAGCCAUUUCGGAAACGUAAAAUGGCUUCCCUCUUUCAAGCGUCGGGGCCACGCUCGGCAAAUUCGCUAUGGCAAAUUACGUACGAAGCUGCCCAGCAAGUCGGCGAGAUCUUCCAGACAUGGGACGCGGCAAACGUCGAUGUCGUGCUGUGCCCCACUCAUGCCACCCCCGCGCUGAAGCGGAACUACGCCGUCGACAUGAUGCCUGCGGCAAGCUACAGCGUAGUGAUGAACCUGCUAGGCGUGCCGUGCGGUAACGUUCCCGCGACACGGGUACAGCCUGAGGAAGAAACCGACCGCGAGACCAAGUCGGACGCCAGCUACCGCCUGGCGAAGUCGGUCGAACUGGGCAGCACGGGGCUUCCUGUCGGCGUGCAAGUCGCCGGUCGGUUUUGGCGGGAAGAUCAAGUCCUCGCCGUCAUGGAAGCCCUCGAGUCGCACUACCGUCAACGUGGCGAGCAGUUCGCCUGCAAGUAUCUUCGCCGCCGCGGCUACACGAUUGUCGCGACCCAAGAUCGUUCGCGGCUCGGCGAGAUCGACAUCAUCGCGGUGCAAGAUCGCACGAUCGUUUUCGUCGAAGUGAAAACCCGCGCCGCGGAAGAAAAGGGCUCGCCGGACGAAGCGGUGAAUCGCGACAAGCAGCAGCGACUCACGCGUGCCGCGCUGGCGUAUAUGCGGCGACACGACCUACUGGGAAACUGCCCGGCCCGAUUCGAUGUCAUCGCCAUCGUCUGGCCGGCACACCAACGUACGCCUGAAGUCCGGCAUUUCGAGAACGCCUUCGAACCGACAGGGCAGUUCCAGAUGUUUUCCUGA